AUGGCUCGAAUGAAAGGUCCUCACGGACAAUGGGAAACUAUACGCCUGGUGAUAGACUGUGGAGCGCAGAGAUCGUUCAUAACGGAAGAUUUGACUAAUAGAUUGCAACUUACUUUGUCACCAAAUACGCAUCAACUCUGCGGGGUUGGGGAGGUCCCAAUCAACAUUGGCAAGUACCAGACCAGAUGCGUUCUUGCACCACACUCUUCUUCAGAACCCCAGCUGACUACUGAUGCUAUUAUCAUUCCCCAGAUAAGUUCCGCCAUGCCCGCAAGCCUUCUUCCAAACCAUAUUAAAGAACAUUUCGAUAAAUUUAACUUGGCUGACCCAUCUUUUUGUACGCCUGGUGACAUCGACUUCCUCUUAGGUGCUGACCUCUUCGGUGAAAUCAUUUUGGGCCGUAAGCAGUCAACCCCUAAGAACUACCCUCAAGCUCUAGAUACAAUCUUCGGUUGGGUAGUGAUGGGCCCUCUUCAACACAACAUAACAUCAACUUCGAUCGCGUUAUUAGCGAAUACACUUUCCAAAGAUGACUUGAGAGGAGCAUUGGCGAAGUUCUGGAGCGUCGAAGAAGUAACUCAACGGAAACACGUUGACCCAUUGGAAAUCGAUUGCAAAGAACCCUUCCAACGCACUUACACACGGGAUAGCGAUGGUCGCUAUAUGGCACGCCUGCCUUUUAUUAAAAAUCAUGACCCUUUCGUCAAUACAAAGUCCAUAGGAUUUAAGCAAUUCUAUCGGUUGGAGGCCAAACUCAUUCAACAAGUUACCCUGAAGGAAAAAUAUUCCCAAAUUGUGAAGGAAUACUUGCAAUUGGGAUACAUAAGCCGAAUUCCAGAACCGGGGCGUUAUUACUUUCCUCAUCAUGGAGUCUUAAAUGUUAUCUCCACGACCGAGUUGCGCAUAGAUUUUGACGCAUCCGCUCCGGGGUCUCAAGAUGGACUGUCACGUAAUUCACAACUCCACGUCGGUUUUAAACUACAGCAGACAUCAAAGAUAUUUUAUUCGCAUUUCGAAUAUACCAAUUCGCCUUGA